CCCAGAUAUCAGACCAACUCUUGUGAAGAAAUUGCCCACGCUGUGCGAGUCCACAGAUUUCCAGUCAUCAGUCAAAUGAGCGCCAUGAAAAGAAAAAGGUCCCCUGAAAGCCAACUGCCCGGCCCUCAGACGUUGUCCAAGACUGAUAUUGAAGACAUGGUGAACAGCAAGGUCCGUCUUGCUAUAGAAGAACUGGAGAGCACAAGAAAAGAACAACAACAAAAAAUGAAAGACUUGGACGCUGACGAAAAACACUUUGACGAGAAGCUGAAGAAACUCAAAGCUCACAUACAAAAGGUGAAGAGAAGAGGGGAUGCCGCCAUGGCUUACAUAAGACAUCGCAGUGCCCCUGGCAAGACCGUCUCUCUUGAUCAGAAAUCUGGCCUGCUGCGAUCCCUCUCGACCACCCCUCCCGCUGAGAGCUGUGCCCCAGGGGUUGUCACCAGUUCCAGGAAUUCUGAUAGUGGAGAUGGAUUCAGUGAUGGAUGGCUUUCUCUAAUCGAAAACGACGUUGAAGAAGUUGGAAGCCAAUCCAAAAGGAAGGCUGUUGAAGGCUUUUGGCAGGGUUGGCGGGGCAGAAUGCAAAUGGUGGAUCUCACAGCUGAGGACAUUCCCGUAGACUUACCUGUUCUGAGCCCCUCUAAGAGUACAAAUGCAGCAUCUCCGACUACUAUCGUUCCAAAGGAAGUAAAGGUUAAGAUGGAAGAAGGUCAGAGUUCCUCUAAUGGUCAUUUUUCACAGAGUACUUCAUGCCCACCUCAGAGGAUGUCUCCACCCCCACCUUCUCCACAACCUUCCCCAUCACCUCCGUUACGCCAAGUAAAGGCUGAACCAGAAUCACCCAAGCCAGUGAGCAUAAAGACUGAAGAGACACCGUAUGACAUUUCAGAAUCGGCGGCGCAAAAAAAAGCGAUGAAUACUUCCCAAGUGACCUCCACCAUCCCCACUCCAUCCAGUCUACCAGCACAGGCCAACACAACUGACAGCAAAGAAAAUAAAAAAGCAGGAGCCAAUGAUCCAAAGGUCAAGAAAAUCCUUGUUCGCGAUGCCAACGUACAUGGGGACAACUGGAAGCAAAAGCUGCACCCUCUGCCGGACACGCCCUUCCCCUUGGUGCUCUCGGCCGUCGCCGCCUCCAAGAACGUCCCCCAGAAGCUCAUGCUGAAGGUGGUGCGGAUGACCGACACGGCGGCGCCCAGCAUCUGCCUGAUCUGGGCGGUCCAGGAGGAGGACCCGCACGCGCCGCCCAUGGACAGCUACUACAUCUACGUGGCGCAGGAGAACCAGGCGGGCGACUUCUCCCGCUGGUCCCAGAUUGGCCACGUGACCGCCACGCCGCUCCCCAUGGCCUGCCGCCUGUCCGACUACGCCAGCAACCGCCGCCUCUGCUUCGUCAUGGUGGGCAAGGACCAGUUCGGCCGCUACGGACCCUACAGCGAAGUGGAAUGCAUCUAUGCUAAAUCGGCAAAGCCAUCCUGAGAGGCCAUAGGAUCGGGACCAAAAAAGGAAUGUGCAGCUAGUAGGCAUAAGUAAUCAUGUACUCUGAUAGAAUGAUAUAGCCGUUAUUAUAAAAUGCCAUUCGCUUGUGGACUGUUUUUGUUCUAUGCCGCCUCGAAUAAAGUGGAUUACCAGGUCAGUUUUACUUUUCAGCUACCUCUAUGGAGAAAAUCUUCUUUGUAAGACUUGUUUGUUUGUUUGCUUGUUUGUUUGUUGGUUUGUUUUCUCAUAUUUCUUUUGUUUGUUUAGGUUUUCUUCUUUCAUAGGAGUUGAGAUUAUUGUCCGACAUGCAAACUGUUACUGUGAACUCCCCUAACUCCCAGUAUAUGCAUUGCUGUACAUAUGUAUGAUAUAACUGUAUGUAACAAACAUUGUUAUACAUUAUACAUUCUUAUAGCACGAUGGAAAGAGAUUAAAGUGUUUUAAAGUUAAAUAAAUGUGAUAUUAAUUCCA